AUGGACAGGGAUAAGGAGGAGAAUAUCUUGACGGAUGAUCGUGAGGUGAUCGAAAGGUGGAGACAGGCAGGAGACCAUAACAGCGACGCAGGAGACUCUGUCGGUGCAGCAAGCAACGGAGAUGUGCCACCCCCAUCGAUAACCGAAGUUUUUGAUUCUAUCCAAAGGCUUAAGAACAACAAGGCACCUGGAAAGGGCGGUAUCGAAGCGGAGCUUCUCAAGAUGGGCCCGGGCGCUUAUGACUUUGCGGAUGAUGUGGACACUGUCGGCAGAACAUUUGAGGCGAAAGCGGAUCAGUACACCAGACUUAAAUGUGAAACAGAGAAGUUUGGACUGAAGAUAUAUUCAUCUAAAACGAAAUACAUGCUAGUGGGUGGUGCUGAGCGUGACAGGGCACGCCUAGGUAUUGUUGUGAUAAUCGACGGUGAUGAGUUUGAGGUAGUUGACGAGGUCGCGUACCUUGGCUCAAUGGUAACUGAGAACAACGAUACCAGCCGUGAGAUUAGGAGGCGAAUCAUCAGCGGGAGUCGUGUCUAUUAUGGACUCCACAAAAAAAUACGGUCGAAACGUCUAAGUUCUCGCACAAAGUGCAGCUUGUACAAAACGCUUAUCAGACCGGUUGUUCUCUACGGGCAUGAGACGUGUACAAUGCUUGAAGAGGACCUGCGAGCGCUCGGAGUUUUCGAACGACGGGUGCUGAGAUCUAUCUUUGGCGGUGUACAGGAGAACGGAGCAGCGGAUUACAUUCUCGCUAGAGGUCCAAUCGCUCUCGCCAGUGGAAAGCUGCUGGCUGCUGCUGCUGCUACUGCAAGGGAAGUCGGCUGGCGAUAG